AUGCCGUCUGGCGACGGCAUCUUGCCGCACGAAGACGCUAUCCUGAGCACGGGCGCUUCUGGCCGCAUGACGUUCCAGCGCCACCGCCAGACGACGCCAAGCGACGUGCCGGUGCAUUUGACGCUCGACCGACGCAGCCUCUUGGUCUUCACGGGCGAGGCGUACACUGAGUACCUCCACAGCAUCGACAACAUCGAUGACGAGCACGGCGUCCACCAUCGCAUCUCGCUCACGAUCCGCCACGUCCGUCCACCAUCCCGGGCGUGCUAAGCCGUGUCGUCA